AUGGUCCGUGUCUCGCAUGCGACGGCACAAUCUCGUGAGGUUCAUGCGGACGCAUCCAACUUUACGCAAAGCGUCACAAAGGCCGACGCGUACGAGCAGAUCCUGCUCCAGGCGGAGGGACUCUUCACAGGCCAACGCAACUGGUACAAGUCGGGGGUGGGACGAACUAACCUCGCUCGGGGAAGCAACCUCGCCAAUGCCGCAUCGUUGCUAUGGCAUGCCUACAAGAGCCUUCCUGCGCCGAUGCAGGAUGUGAACUGGGCCGGUUUCUACGUCUCCGACCCUACGUCGCCGAAGCCGCGGCUCAUACUCGGCCCCUUCCAAGGCAAAGUGGCAUGCCAAACCAUCGACUUCGGCCGCGGCGUCUGCGGCACCGCGGCGGCCACGCAGGAGACGCAGCUCGUCGCCGACGUCGACAAGUUCCCCGGACACAUUGCCUGCGACUCCGACAGCAGGAGCGAGAUCGUCGUACCCAUCCUGGCAGAAAAGGAUGGCCGUGGUGCCAAGGAGGUCGUGGCCAUCAUCGAUGUGGACUGUGCCUCCCUGCUUGGCUUUGACGACCUGGACAGGACGUACCUCGAGAAGCUGGCCGAGUUGCUCGCCCGGAGCUGCGACUGGUAG